AUGCUGAUAUGCGCAGCAGGUCGCUACUGUGCUAAUUCUGGCGCCAGAAAUAGCCUUCUCGGCGGUGUAUCUACCUUCCAAAAACUCUCAAGAGCUUACAAGGUUUUAGCCAUCGAAACCAGCUGUGAUGACACCUGUGUGGCGAUUUUGGAUCGUAAAAGUAGCGGAGAAGCACCUCAAUUGCUGACACAUCUAAAAGAUACUCUUGACAGCGGACAAGACGGGGGAAUAAUACCCACACGAGCGCAUUUGCACCACCAACGAAAAAUAGGCCCUUUGGUGCAAAAAGCACUCGCCACAACAGGAUCACUCGGUGGAAUUGACCUGGUAUGCGUUACGAGAGGCCCCGGGAUGCCUGGGUCUCUUUCAGGAGGUCUUGAUUUCGCCAAGGGCCUUGCCGUAGCAUGGAAUAAACCUAUGAUCGGCGUGCAUCACAUGCUGGGCCAUCUGCUGGUCCCCCGUAUGCGACAUAAUGGCGCUAAACCGCAUUUCCCGUUUGUGAGCCUUCUUGUCAGCGGUGGUCACACUCUUGUGGUUCUCUCGAGAUCUUUGGACGAGCACGAAAUCCUCUGCGAUACUAUAGAUAUCGCUAUUGGCGAUUCCUUGGAUAAAUGUGCGCGAGAAAUCGGUAUUCGAGGCAUUAUGAUUGCCAAAUGCAUGGAAUCCUUCAUAAAUGAAGACCUAGGGGAUGCUUGUAGUGGUGCUUUUCCAAUGAUCCUCCCUUCGCCCCUUCGUAACCAAAACGGACGCAUGAAUGUGCAGAAAUUCUCUUUUGCUCCAUUUCUCACGGCCGUUCGUCAAAAUCUUCAAAAGGACAUUCAAUUGUAUACCGACCGGGAAAGGAGAUCCAUGGCGUACCAAAUUCAGGAGUCAUUGUUUGAUCAUUUAGUAACGAAACUCAAGCUUGUUAUCCGUAUGAGACCGGACAUUUUCAAGGAUAUCCGGCAACUGGUAUGCUCUGGUGGUGUGGGAGCCAAUAAAAGACUUCAGCAGAAACUUCAAAUUGAAUUAGCAGACCAUUUCGAUGAAGUCUACUAUCCCGAUCCCCUAUUAUGUACCGACAAUGCAGUAAUGAUCGGAUGGGCUGGAAUCGAACUCCACGAAACUCUAGGCCUUACGACAGAACUUGAAACAAGCCCGAUAAAAAAAUGGCCCAUUAACAAAUUGCUCCAGCCUCCGACUUGA